AUGCAGGAGCAGGCGACUAGUUCUUUAGCUGCGAGCUCUUUACCAUCAAGCAGUGAGAGAUCAUCAAGCUCUGCUCCACCUUUAGAGAUCAAAGAAGGAAUGGAAAGCGACGAGGAGAUACGGAGAGUGCCGGAAUUCGGAGGAGAGGUCACCGGAAUAGUAACCUCCGGGCGUAAUUCGACGUCGGAGACUGGUCAGGAGCAGAUUCAGACAACGGGCGGAGAAAGACAGAGGAAAAGAGGAAGGAGCUCAGCUGAUAAAGAGAACAAACGACUAAAGAGGUUAUUGAGGAACAGAGUUUCAGCUCAGCAAGCAAGAGAGAGGAAAAAAGCUUACUUGACUGAUUUGGAGAAGAAAGUUGUAGAGUUAGAGAACACUAAUUCUCAGCUUGAAGAAAGACUUUCAACUUUGCAGAAUGAAAACCAAAUGCUUAGACAGAUUCUUAAGAACACGACGGCUAAUAAGAGAGGAGGUGGUGGUGGUUCUAAUCCUGAGUCUUGA